AUGCUUGAUCUCGACACUGUUUCAUUGAUAAAAGAUGUGAAUAAGCUGUCUGAGGAUAGAUUGAAUGAUUUGUCUAAUUCUAUUAAGAAGAUCAGAGUAGAAAAUAUUGAUAAAAUUCCUGUGAAUUCUAAUUUGGAGAUAAAGGAGAAUGAUGUCCAGGAUGAGGCUGUUAAGGUCCAAAAUAAUGUGGUUAAUAAUGAAAAGAUAAACAAAACUUUUGCUAGCCUUUUUGCUGAUAAUAGGAAAGCAGGAAAUGAAUUAUCUCUGAAUUUCUUGCCAUCUUCCAAUUCAAAUACAGUCUCAUUUUCUGCUGAAGAAUGGAAAGAAGGAGAAGGUUUAUGGGAAAAUGCUUUAAUUGGACAUGUCAUAGGAUUAAAUGUCAAAUUUAAAUCAAUGGAGUCCUAUGUCAACAAAUUAUGGGGUAAUAUCUCUAUACCAAAGGUCUCACUAAUCAAGCAAGGAUUAUUCCUAUUUGACUUUCAAUCAGAAGCAUCUAUGAGAGAAAUUCUUGAAGCUGGCCCCUGGUUUUUUGGGUCCAGACCUCUAAUGUUGAAACCAUGGAGUAUUGAUGCCGAUAUUGACAAGAUGAAAGACAUUUAUUAUCCUAUGUGGUUGCAAUUUCCAAAUUUAAGGUUAAACUUAUGGAGCUCAAUAGGAAUCAGUAAAGUUGCUAGCCUAAUUGGUAAGCCUAUUGCAACUGACAAGCUCACGGCAAAUAGAGAGAGAUUGAGCUAUGCAAGAGUUUUAUUAGAGGUCAAGUUGCCAUUGAAAGAUCCAUUGCCUGAUCAGUUAAACAUUCAAGGGCCUGAUGGAAUAAGCUACACACAAUCAGUCAUAUAUGAAUAUAAACCAAAGUGGUGUUCUUUGUGUAGUAAGAUUGGUCAUGUUACAGAACAAUGUAGAAGAAUUAAGACUAAAAAUAUGUGGGUUCCUGUUAUUAGACAGGCUGAAAAUGUUGCUCAUGUUCUUAGCAAGGAACCUGCUAUUAUUCCUGGGCUAGAUAGGGAUUCUGUUGUUCAGCAAAUUUCUGAAGCAAAUAUCAAUACUGAGCAAAUUGUUGGAAAAAACAAAGAGACACUGUCUGCUGGAAAACAUGCACAGACAGAAAAACAUGCACAAGCUGAAAGUAGAUUUGUGGGGAAAGGGAGCUUAAUUUUUCCAGCAAAUGAUCCACAUCUCUUCUCCACUCCGAUUGUCAAUGCUUCUGGAUUUUCUAGCAUCAACAGAACUAAUCUAGCAAGGAGAUCUACUAUAGGCAUUGCUGAAUUUUCAGGCCUUCUGGAAACUAAACUUCAUGAAAAUAAGUUGCAAAGGAUAGCUAUGCAAAUUACCAAAGACUGGAAAUGGACUUCUAAUGUGCAUGAAGCCAGGAAUGGAAGAAUUUGGAUUCUAUGGGAUACUGAUAUUCUUAAUGUUCAAGUAUUAAGCUCAACUGAUCAAUACAUUACCUGCACCAUUGAUUCCAGAAAUGGGAAGUUCUCUAGCUUGUGUACUAUUGUUUAUACUCAAAAUCAAAUGGCCAACAGAAAGACCCUUUGGAGAGAUCUUCUGGCUCUUAAAAACAGUGUCAAUGGUCCCUGGAUCAUUGGAGGGGAUUUCAAUGCAAUUACAAGCUAUGAUGAAAAGAUUGGAGGUAUACCAGUUUCUGAUACUGAUAUAGAGGAUUUUCAAAACUUCAUCAGUACAAGUCAUCUACUUCAUCUAAAAUCAAUUGGAUGCUACUUCACAUGGAAUAAUAAACAGGAUGCUGAUAAUAGAAUCUGGUCUAGAUUAGACAGAUGCUUGGUUAAUGAGGAUUGGAUUCAUCAAUAUACAACCAGUCAAGUGGAGUUUCUGCUGCCUAGUUGUUCUGAUCAUUCUCCUGCCUUGUUAACAAUUGAAGAUGAUGUUAUAAAUGGUAAACGGCCAUUCAAAUUUUUCAACAUGUGGGUAAAACAUCCUGAGUUCAUCCCUACAGUCAAAAAAGUCUGGGAGCAAAACAUUGAAGGUUACAAAAUGUACAGUUUCCACACAAAACUCAAGAAGUUAAAGCUUGCUCUCAAAGAAUUGAAUAAGAAGCAUUUUAUGAAUAUAAGUGAACAAGUGCAUAGAGAAAAAGAUGGAUUGGCUGAUACUCAAAGGCUGUUAAAUGGUGACCCCUUCAGCUCAGAUUUGAUUAAAAGAGAAAAGGAGUAUAUCAAAAAAUAUGACAGAUUACUGGAAUGUGAAUCUUCCUUCUAUAAGAAAAAAGCUAAUAUCAGUUGGAGUUUAGAAGGAGAUAAAGGUUCUAAAUUCUUCCACUCUAUCAUGAAAAAGAAAAGACAUCAUAAUAGAAUUCUGACACUCUAUAAUGAAAGAGGAGAUAGAAUCACUGAUAAUGAGAGUAUUAUCUCUGAAAUUGUUGGAUAUUACAACAAAUUGCUGGGAACCUCAGUCCCUACAUCUGAUCCUGAUCCGAUGGUGUUUGCUAAUGGACCUCUCCUCUCACAUGAUCAGAGACAAGCUCUUAGUACCCCAAUUACAAGAGAUGAGAUAAAAAAAGCUAUCUACUCUAUGUCAAAUGAUAAAAGUCCUGGCCCAGAUGGUUACAGUGCUCUGUUCUUCAAAGCCUCUUGGAGUAUUAUCAGUGAGGAACUUUUCUCAGCAGUUGAAGAAUUUUUUAUCUCAGGGAAACUUCUUGGUACAAUUAAUACCACCUCCAUCACCUUAAUUCCAAAGAUUCUCAAUCCACAAUAUGCAUCUGACUUCAGACCUAUAUCUUGUUGCAAUUGUGUGUACAAAAUUAUUACUAAAGUCAUUGCAACUAGAAUUCAAGGGGUAAUGGGAUAUCUGAUAAGUGAUGCUCAAAGUGCAUUCGUAAAGGGUAGACUUAUAUCAAGUAAUAUCCUCUUAGCUCAUGAGAUUGUUAAACACUAUAGUAGAAAACAUUCUUCCCCUCGAGCUAUUUUGAACAUUGAUUUGAGGAAGGCAUUUGACACAAUCUCCUGGGAAUUCAUCAGAAAAAUGCUGAUAGGAUUGAAAUUUCCUGAAAAUAUGAUUUCUUGGAUCAUGGAAUGCAUUUCAACACCCAAAUUUUCCAUCUCAAUUAAUGGUGUUCUUCAUGGCUACUUUCAAGGGGCUAGAGGACUGAGGAAAGGGGACCCCUUAUCUCCAUAUCUGUUUGUAAUUGGAAUGGAAUACUUGUCUCGGAAACUCAGCAUUCUCAAGGAGGACAAAGCUUAUAAAUUUCAUCCCAAAUGUUCGAGGUUGAACAUAACUCAUCUAGUGUUUGCAGAUGAUCUCCUCAUGUUUGGCAAAGCUGAUAUGGGUACAAUUUCAAGAUUAAAGGACUGCCUAACGGAAUUUAGUCAGUUAUCUGGCCUAGAACCAAAUCCAACUAAAUGCUCCAUAUUUCUGAGUGGGAUUGAUAAAAGCCUGAAAAAUCAAAUCUGUAACUCCCUUAACUUCUCGGAGGGGAUUCUACCAGUGCGCUAUUUAGGUAUGCCUCUUAUCUCUAAAAGACUCUCUUGCCUAGAUUGCUCUCCUCUUAUUAACAGGAUUUCUGAACAAUUUCAAAACUGGCUCAAAAGGAAACAACUAUCAUAUGCUGGCAGAUUACAGUUGAUAAAAUCAGUCAUUAUGGGAAUUCAGAUCUAUUGGACUAGUAACUAUAUUCUUCCCAUCAAAGUUCUUGAAAAAAUUGAUAGUAUGUGUUCUGACUUCUUAUGGGGUCACAAAAUUCACCUAGUGUCCUGGGAAUCUGUAUGCCAAGGGAUUGAUCAUGGUGGCCUGGGGUUAUUUUCUGCAAAAUUUUGGAAUUAUGCCAUGGUAGCAAAGCUCCUUUGGAUGAUACAUCUUAAAAAAGAUAUUCUCUGGAUUAAAUGGAUUCACGGUCACUAUCUGAGACAAAAUAACAUCUGGCAAGUCCAAUCUAAGAAGUGCGAUUCAUGGUUGUGGAGGCAAUUGCUGAGAGUGAGAAAUUUGCUGAUUGAUAAGCUCGAAAGUGUUAAUAACUUGCAAAAUGUCAUCAGAGAAAGUUGUAUUAAUAGCAAGCUCAGUGUAUCAGUGAUGUGCAUGAAUCUUUUUCAACAAUCUGACCUGACAAUAUGGUCAGGAAUUGUGUGGAGAGGAUGGCAUAUACCUAAACAUUCCUUUAUCCUCUGGGAAGGCCAAACGGAAACUUGUCAUCAUCUGUUUUUUGAUUGCCUUUAUUCUGCAAGGGUAUGGAAUAAGCAGGAGCUUGAGGGGGAAAAAUUACAAAAAAAAGUUGAAGAGAAUGGCAUUAUCCGUAUCAGUGUACAUGAUAUGGCAAGAGAGAAAUUUGAGAAUCUUCCAACAGAAAUCAAGAAGCUCUGA